AUGUCGGUAAUAUUCCACGAGAACCCGGGAACAAGUCUCGGGUCAGUGGUAACCGACACGAACACAUCCCUGGAUCGGUCGAUUGAGACGAGUCCCGAAUGGAUUGACGAUCUGUUUCCAAAUGUUUCAUUCAUCGACUCUCCGACACAUCAAGUAAUUCGAGGAUUCUGUAGAGAUGUAUUCGUGUAUAGGUUACCCGGCGGAUUUCGAAUUCGAUACUGGGACGCUGCGAUCUUCCUUCCCAACCUGUUAUUCCUUCUAUUUCUAAUUGUAAAAUGUGGCAGUGUCAUCCGAAAACUUCGAACCGGAAACUCGCCAGUCCUACGUGCAUUCACAUUACUCGUCUACGUGUCGACUCUUGUUAACUUGAUUCGAUGUGCCUACAGUAUGACAUUGUCAAUGACAGAUGGACUCGAACAGACUGUAGAUCAAACAUUAUGGACUGUCAUCAAGUUUUUCUAUUUGACUGCAGAGUUCUGUGCAUUGACUUUUGGAUUGUUGUUCGGGCAUCUGGACAAUGGAAAGUCGAUUUUGGUGGCAUUGUUGGGCACGUUGUUGGUGUCGAUUCCUCAUACAGCAGUGCAAGUUAUUGUCGAGAUGAAGAUUAUUGAUAAUUCCUGGCUCCCACUAACCUAUUUCGACGUCCAAUCCGACGGUGGUUUCAUAUUCUGGGUGUUAUCAUCUGCUAUCCUCGCCCUCAUCUACUUUUUCAUAAUGUGUCUUCCGUUGGUUUGCUGUCAAAAGUACACAAAACUGCCGAGCAAAGGAUCAUUCUUCAUUUAUUGCAUGAUGAUGGUGACACUGAAUGUUCUUCAAUCGAUGGGUGCUGCAUUGAUUCUUUUCAAGUCUUCGGAUGGAUUAUGUUUCGUUGGAUUGUCCACCUACGUCUACUUUGUUCUCUACCCACCAAUCAUCUACUUUACAUUCCUCAGGAAAAAGUUGAAAACUCCUCCAAACAACACAUCUGGACUGUUCAUGUAUCGGAAACACAAAGACGAGCAAGGAUCCGGUGACCUUCCAGAUUCUUAUUACCCAAGAUUCUCUGGAUUGACGUCACCGAGUUAUGAUGACCUGUUUGAUUACGAUAGAGAUGCCAGAUUCACACAUUAUGACAUUUCGACGAACGAAUAUGUACAGAACCCCCACUACAAUACCUACUCCACUCCCCUCAUCAUGUCGACUGUUGAGACUGCUGAAUCUACAGUAACCACUCGAACAGGAUCAGAUGAUUAUGCACAUCAUCGAGACUCAAUGCUCUCUGAACCAUCCACUGGAACUACAACUCGACAUUUGAAAGGUCUCGGACCACAAGGAUCUCUUAUUUUCGAAGAAGAUCCAUCAUGUCUUCGAUUGUAG